GGAGGCGACUGGCGACGGAAGCUGACCACAAGAGGGAGGAGAUAGGGAGAGAGAGAGAGGAGGAGGAGGAGGAGGUCUGACCGGCAAAAUCCCUCGCUUUUGGCGCCCUCUCGAAGGAAUCCGACGAGGUUAAGCGAUCUUACCCGUGGGAAGGGACCCAAGUCUGUGUAGUUUUCGGGGGAAGGAUCUGAGCAGGAGCGACGAGGGGAUGAGAGGAAUCUGGUGAUGAAAGGGAGAGAUGGAGAGGAACCGUGAAGCGAGGAGAGGGACCAUGGCAGCGUCGACAGAGGCCACCAACGACGGAGGUGGUGGUAACGUGUUGUCUAGGAGGAGGCAUAGGAACAGCAGCAGCGUCAGGGACUCUCCUGAUGAGGAUGGAAGAGUGGAGAUGCAGGAGACGUGGAGACCACGAGAUCGGGGGGCCAAGAAAACUUGGGAUCGGGACAGAUCCAGCCGGAGCAAGAAGAGGAGAGGGGAGAGAUUGAGCAACAGAGACGAAGAAGAUGAGAGCUCCGAGGAGAGCCUUGACGAGGACGAGGAGGCCGAGGACGAUGACCUGUUGUUGGUCCCCGCUCGGCUACCUCCGCCCUCGCCCCCUCCGUCAAAUCCGGGUGCUGCGGCUUCCUCGUCGCCCAAGCAGAACCACCAUCACUGCCACCAGCUGUUGCGAAAGAGCUUCCCACCCAAAGCGGUGAAGUGGCGAACAGAUGAAACCAUCGGAGUCACGGUGCCUAGAAAAGCUCGUUCAGCAUCCGCCAGGAGAUCACAUGAAGCUCCAGCCUUAGGCGGAGGAGGUGGUGGUGGUCGAGGCCGAGAGCUAAUGACCCGACAAGCUUCCACAACCAGAAUACCGUCGUGUUCCUCGAAUGGCUCUCUGCCAAAGAAGAUGAAGCUGAUCAAUGGAGAAAAGCCAUCAGAUAUCUCCAAAUCGGCAUCUUUGGUCGAAGAUGAAAUCGAGAUUGAGGUUGCAGAGGUACUGUUUGGGAUGACAAGGCAAUUCGAGUGCCUUUCGAAGCACGAUAGCGAUAAUAAGCUGGAUUCAAGGGACAUCGAUGCCGAUUCAGGCAAUGAAGCGAAAUCUAGAGCUUCGUCGCCAAGUUUGAUGUCUCCAUCUCCGGCGAGCUAUCCAUCAGACUGCCCAUCUGCACUUACAUCGUCCAAUUCGUGCUCCAAUCCUGCCUCGUUGCCUACUGUAGCUUCAAAGAGGAAAAUGCAGAUGCACGUAGAAAGCUUUGCAAAUCCAGUGGGAUUACAUAACCUUUCGAGCUUCAUUUUACCUUCUGGGGAUAAAAUGGAUGCAAGGAACCAGAUUAAGGCAGAGGCUUCAUCGCCUGGAUCAGAAAGGCACAAUGCAUCUCCUGCAACCAAGAAUGGCAGUGGAUUGAUUGAUGUUUUUGUCUCUCGGUCUGAGAUCUCUGAUGUACAACAGCAGAAAUGGGCCAAGACUGUUCAGGAGUUGCGUCCAUUGACAGGAGGGUCAGAUGAUAAGGAAGAAAUCAUUUCACCCGCAAAGGGAUCUGCUUGUACUGAUUUGGACACCAAUAUCUGUGAAUUGAUCGCUCAAAAGAUAGUGCCCGAUAUCCCUAAGGAGCAAAAGUUCAAUAUUGAUCUGAUGGCACCUCCUCCAGGAGAGCUGUCACCAGAGAGGGAUGAUUUAAAUGUCUUUGACUCAGAUCGCAAGCCAAAGGGCCCAGAUGUUGAAAUGGCACUGAAAGAGGUAGAAAACCCCACAGAUGGUGUACUGGUGGGAGAUAAGCAACAGAUCGAGAAGCCCAUUCAGACAAAUAUUGACUUGAGAAAGCAGCUGGUGGUCAAGCAGAAUCGAGACCUUUGUCUUGAUUUGGAAAAGCCAAAGAGUGAUGACAUUGGCACUGGCAGAGUGCAAGUCCAUAAGAAGCAAGUCAAAGAACCUAAAGUAGAGCCUAAACAAGAGAAGUCUGCAUCAGCAUCCUCACUCCAUAUGCCAUUCAAUCAAACUUGGCCUGGAUGUUUUCCUCCAUACGGGUACAUGGGUCAGGGUCCAACUUUGCAAGCUGUUGUUCCUAUGGAUGGAACUGCAGGUCCUUCCAAUUCCUUGCAGCCACCACCCUUUCAACAAAUGCAUCCUCGUCCAAAGCGUUGUGCCACACAAUGCUAUAUCACACAGAUGAUAUCCAAUCACCAGAAAUUUAUGAGGAUGAGUUCUUUCUGGACUGCUGCAGCUGGAGCUGCACCUUUGUAUGGGGCCAACCCAUAUAACCUUAAUGUAGUUCCGCCUUCAGAUGUUCCUCUCUCUGGAAAAACAAAGGAAGGAAGUUCCCUAGGUAAGAAUAUGAGUACAUUGCAAGACACUAAAGGGACACCAGCAUAUGCUAUGCCAUAUUCAGGGCAUACCUCACAGGAGAAGAUGCCAUCAGCCAAUAAUACAAACAUGGAAUCUGCCCAGGGAAAACAACUAAUUCUGCAGCAGAUGACUCAGUCUGGAUCCACAAACAAGAUGCCGCACGUUCCUGCAUUCAUUUUCCCUAUAAACCAGCAACAAGCAACACCCACAGCCUCUGCAGCAGCUGCUAAUAGAGUUGGGGUAGCAAAAUCUACUACGGUUUCAGGUGCUGAGGUGCGGGUAUCUGGUGCCUUGGGUUCUGCUGGGGGAAGCAGUGGAGGUGGUGGAUCAGCAACUCCAGUGAAUUUGAGCUUUUCUAGUUUGCCUCCUAAUGAAGCUCAGUACCUGGCAUUUGUUCAGAACAAUGCAUAUCCUUUUCCUAUUCCUCCCCAAAUUGCUGCAGCUCCUCCAUUUCCUGGAACAAGUAAUGCUCAAGCAAUGCCCUUCUUCUACCCUUCUCACAUGCUUCAUGCAUCACAACAACGAUCACAACAGCAGCAGUUGGCAGGGCCUCCACGACAGCAUGGUAAACAAAGCCACCCCAAUUUGAGCACCUUAAGUGGAUCAUCCUCACAGAAAUAUCCACAGAAAUCACAAUGUAUGGGGGGAAAUGGUGCUGGUGCUGCUAGUGAUGGCGGUGCAAUCUCUUAUGUAUUUUCAGAAACUCAUCAACAGCAGGACCUACUGUCUCAGCAAGCUUGCCAUAAUGAGUGCAAUAAGGACAUGAAAAAUGACCUUCCCGCUGCUGAUGGUACAAAUUUUCAAUCUCAGAAGGCAAUCUGUUUCCAAAAAGGUUCUACUCCAAUUCAUCCUCAGAACUUCGUCUUGAUGUCUACUGCUGCAGCUGCUAUCGCAAUGGGCAAUAGUAAGGGUCACGGUGAUAAGCAGCCAGUUUAUCAGCAGCCACAAGAGAAGCAGAACAUGACGGCAGAGCUUGCAUUGCCUCAAGCUUUCACAAUUCCCUUUGCAUCCUUUGGCGGAGCUGGAACUGUACCAUCAGAUUUUGAUUUUUCUUCCAUGACACAGAAUCAUUCCAUUUUAUGGAGCCUUCCAGAACCUUCCCGGGACGGCUACCACCAGAUGGCAAAAGCUGCAGUUACUACCACUGCUCAAGCUGCAGAACAGAAGAAGGUCCACCAAGUAACAGAGGGAAAAUCUGCAGCCUGGGAGUCAGACACAAGUAUCACAGUUGAAGAGGGCAGAAAUAUUAUAGCAGCUAGCAAAGGCCUACAGCAUUUGUUUUCAUUUGCAAAAUCCGAUAAUGAACCUCCCAUCCAGUCAGGUGUCAGUAACAGUGUCUUAGACCUCUCUUCCAGAUCAGUGAACCUCAUCCAAGCUCCGGGAAAUUGUGGUAUAUCUGUUGACCACGCUGCUGGCACUUCUACAGCUGCAACUUCUGUUCUCACAUCUACCAACAAUGUUGCCAAUUCCCAACAACAGAAACAGCAACUGAUUCAUUCUCAGAAGCAUCAACUGCAACAGCUGCAGAUGCAGCACCAUCUUGCAUCCUCUCAUGCAAAGUCCUCAGGCUCAAGGAACAACACCAAUAUCCACCCUGAGAGUCUAACUGAGGGUUUUACCGCUAGGUUCCCUCAGUCUCUAAGUGGGCCCCCUCAGGCUCUUGUGCAUGGUGGCAGCCCCAUCCAGUGGCCUCAGGGCAAAACAUCCAGAGUAGGAGAUAUUACUGCAGUUUCAUCUACUCCAUUACCAAAGAAAAACCUCAGAGAAGGUCACCAAAUACAGAUAUCUUUUGGCUUGAACUCAAAUGAAGUGGUGGCACUAGGGGGUCAACACCUCUCUGGAACAUGUGAUAGUCCAUCAGUAUCUUCUGUCACCAUUGCUGUUGGUUCAUCUUCGAAAUCUGUCUCUAAGAUUGCUGGUGGCAGCCCUAGGGAAUGUGCCAGUAUGAAGCCUGGUCCAUCGACCUCUGCAAUUGCGCUCACUCAACAGUCAGCUGUAAAGCAAUCAGUGACAAGCUCUAGUUCAAAGCCGAUAUCUAUGAGUAGCUUUAACAUGCCAUCCAUUCUUGGGCGCCCUCAGAAAGUUCCUGCCCCAAGUUCUAACACUAAGCAGCAGCAACAGCCUCAGCAAUUACCAGAUCAUCAAACCUUUUCUCAGGCUCAACUCUUCUUCUCUAAUCCUCACAUGCAACAGGUCCCAUAUUCUAAAUCCAGUGCUGCUGCUCCCACUGUUGUGCAGUACUAUGAGAAACCUCGAUCUGAACAACAUACACGACAGUCUCAACUGCAGCAACAACUCAGCUCAGCUCCGUCUUCUACUGGGAUGCCAUGUUUUUUUGCUCCCACUGCAUUUACCCUAGCCGGUGUUCCCACAUCUGACCCUGCAAAGGCCAUGGCUGCUGCCUCUGUGGUUGCGGCCAACAGUAUAAAAGGCUCUCCGCCAUCUAAUUUUCUGAAUGCUACUCAACUAGCUUUGACUACCCAGUCUGCCUCUGGCUCUCCUCACCCUCCAAUUUCUGCUACAUUCCCUUACAUGUCUUCGCUGCCAUUUUCCAUGAAGCCCUCAGCUGAGCAGAAGCCUGUAGCUGGAAAUGGUGGUAUACAAGCUUUCUGGCAGUCUGACAAGAGGUAACGCUGGACUGAACAACAAUCGCUCGCUGGUGCUAUAUGAGCGGAUGACGCUUGGGCUCACCGACUGCAUCUGAUGCUUCUUUGCAUAAGAUUCUGAAAUCUAACAAGAGGCUCUCUGCUCCCUUCCCUCUUCCCCCUGUCUCUCUGCUCAAAUGUGUGCAAAUUGAAGUAUUGAGAAAGAAUAGAAAGAAGGGAAAAAUGAGAAACAGGGAGAACAAUUGCAGAGGGAAGAUGGGUGGUAGGCCAUAGCUUCCAGAACAUGUCAGCAUUUUGGUUUCGCUCUCAGUUUCCAGUUAGCUUGAUUCGUGAACGUGGCCGAGAUGAGCAGAAAGCAGUCCAGGAAGAUGAUUAUUACAAAAGGUUUCCUCUUCUCUCAACUGUCUUCGGAUGCUAAUGGCCAUCAUGAAUGUUUCUUUGAUUUAAUUCUAACUUCAUUAAGAUUGGUGAGAGAAUUAAAUUAAUGUCAUCAUUACAUGUUUCUCCUUAUCUCUACAUAUGUGUAUCUGUUCUUUUAUGGAGUAAAAAACCAAAUUUAUGUUGUUUUCA